AUGCAAACUCUCGACGCUGAGUGCGAGCGUGAACUUUGCUCUAAGGCGAAUAAAGGUCUAUGUCGCUACAAAGAUGGUGAAUGCAAAUAUCGUCAUACAAGAUGUCACAAUUAUGAUUCAUGUUUACAUUCUAAAUGUCCCCUUGCUCAUGCAUCACAAUUAUCUUCCAAACAGUGUUCUCAUGGCAUUCGAUGUUUCAAACCUGAUUGCCCACUUAACCAUCCGGAGGGAUGGAGUGCUUGUGAUGAUGGAGUACAAUGUAGUCACUAUGAGUGUAAUUCCAACCAUCCACCUGCUCGCAAGGGAAAAUGUCCUGAUGGAAAUCUGUGCAACACAAACAAUUGUAAGUUUCUUCAUCCGAACAUGCAUCCUAACGAAUGCUCAUGGGGUAUAAAAUGUCGGCAAUGGGUUUGUACGAAAACUCAUCCAAUUAGUCGAACUCACCUUUGUCCGAAGGAAGAUCAUUGUAACAAUGAUGCAUGCGGUUACUUGCAUCCGCCUAAAUAUGCCAAACUAUCAAAACCAAUAGCCGCCAUGCCAUUGAUCGCGCGUAACGAGCCAAUUAUCACUCCUCACUCAGGGAGGGAACAACCAGAAAUAAUUGAGUUAAGUGUUGCAGAGCAAAAUUUUCUUGAAUCUUUUGGCAAGAAAAUCUUGGAUAAAAUUCGUGAGGAAGAAGGUAUUAAAGAUGUAAAAGUUAAAGAUGGUAAGCUUCAACUGUCAGGAAAUAGUUCGGCAAUUGCAAAUAUAAAAUCUUACCUAAAACAAACACUUCAUGAAAAGAAUGUGACAAUUAAAAAUAAUUUGAAGAAAUAUUUACUGUUAUCCGUUAAAGGACGUUUAAUGAAGAGAUUUAAAAAAAAAUAUUCCACAGGAAUUUCGUAUCUGGAAAUAUCAACAAACGCUCAUUUGACUACCAAUGAUAUGAUAACAAUUAAAAAUUGUGUUGCUGAGCAUGAUAAAGAUGAAAGAGGACAGCAAUGUGAUAGUGAUCGUAAUGUGGAUCAAUUCGAAGACGAACAAGAAGAUGAUGAUGACAAUGAUCGGAAGAGUGAUAUUUCGAAUACAUCAUCAAGUGUCACAAAUAUUCCGAACAAUUUUAAGCAUCAUCGUAAAUUUGCUCAAAAAUUUAUACAAGUAACAUUAUAUAAUGACUCGGAAGAUUUAUUAUGUAAAGCCAUAAAAGAAUUACAAAAUUAUAGUUUGCACACUCGAUCAUGGGCAUUAACACAAGAUGAAAUUACAUACAUUUUAAAACAACCAUAA